AUGGCCUGGGGGAACCAGACCUCCAGCCCUGUCUUCAUCCUGCUGGGCAUCUUCAACCACAGCCCCAUCCACACCUUCCUCUUCGCUCUGGUCCUGGGCAUCUUCACAGUGGCCGUCAUGGGGAACUCCAYCAUGGUGCUCCUCAUCCACCUGGAUGCCCAGUUGCACACCCCCAUGUACUUCCUCCUCAGCCAGCUCUCCCUCAUGGACCUGAUGCUCAUCUGCACCACCGUCCCCAAGAUGGCCUUCAACUACCUGUCUGGCAGGAACUCCAUCUCGCUGGGAGGCUGCGGGACCCAGAUAUUCUUCUAUGUGUCCCUGAUGGGAGCCGAGUGCUUCCUGUUGGCAGCAAUGGCCUAUGACCGCUAUGUGGCCAUUUGCCACCCAUUAAGAUACCCAGUUCUCAUGAGCCAGAAAGUCUGUGGCCUCAUGGCUGCUGCUUCCUGGCUUCUUGGCUCCCUUGAUGGUAUAAUUGUCAUUGUGGUAGCCUUGUCCUUCCCAUACUGUGGUUCCGGGGAAAUACCCCACUUUUUCUGUGAUGUCCCUGCCCUGCUCACCCUCGCAUGCACUGACACCUUGACAUUUGAAAGGAUGAURUUKAUCUGCUGCAUCAUUAUGCUUCUGUUCCCUGUAGGCAUCAUCAUUGCUUCCUAUGCUCVUGUGAUUCUGGCCGUCAUUCACAUGGGAUCUGGGGAGGGUCGCCGCAAAGCUUUUGCCACCUGCUCUUCCCACCUCAUGGUGGUGGGCAUGUACUAUGGAGCGGCCAUGUUCAUCUACAUGCGGCCCACUUCUGACCGGUCCCCCACCCAGGACAAGAUGGUGUCGGCCUUCUACACCAUCCUCACSCCCAUGCUGAACCCCCUCAUCUACAGCCUGCGCAACAGGGAGCUGAUUGGCUCUCUGCAGUGA